ACCAAUUUCUCGCGAGAGACCAGAAGAGGCCAGGACAGGAUUGCUGCAAAGACACCCCACAGAUGUGAAUCAGAACAAUACUCAAGAGUUUAUCACAAAUUGAGAAUGGAUUCAUGGAGAUACGAGUGGGAAUAUUACUACGAUUACCUAGACCCAAUACCAGUGGACGAGAGCAAACUGAAAUAUAACAAGUACUUGAUAGUGAUCGUAUUCUGGAUCAGUCUCGCUGCUUUUGUGGGAUCCCUGUUUGUCAUUUUGACUUUCAUGUCCCGUUCAGUCAGUCUACCCAAAGCUCAUAGUUCCAAAACGGCCAAGAAAUCAUGGAGGAACCCUAGAUCCACUUCUGCUUGAUGGAGAAUACUUGAUAUGUUUUCUGCUUGAUGGAGAAAACUUUAUGUUUUCUGCUUGAUGGAGAAUACUUGAUAUGUUUUCUGCUUGAUGGAGAAUACUUGAUAUGUUUUCUGCUUGAUGGAGAAUACUUGAUAUGUUUUCUGCUUGAUGGAGAAAACUUGAUAUGUUUUCUGCUUGAUGG